AUGAUGAGCUCGUCCCGCGAUCCGACAGCGCGGCUUCGCGCGGGCUUAAACCCCCUCCUGACGAACUCGCUGGGCGGAUUCCACAACGCCGGCACGCCGGUGUCUGCGUUGUCGGUAGCCCCCCAUAGCGCCUUCACACCAGGCCAGACGCCGAUGAGCGCCAUCCAGCCGUACAACCCUCAGGAAUGGAUUGGCUCGCCCCAGUCCGGGCCGGUGCCGGAUCGUAUGCCGCAUCUGCCGCCGGCCCCGCCAACUCAAGCUUACCAGGAACCGCAGUCAUCGCCGCUCCCUCCACCUCCGUACUCCCCGCCCCGCAGUGGACGUCCCGCGAGCAUGACGUUUGACCAGGCGCCGGUGGCCAACGUAUCGGUUGCGCGAGCCCCACCCCCGCCGAUUGCGCGAGUUGCUACAGAACCGCCAGUGGCCAACACAUCCUUUGCACCUCCGCCUGGGACAAGAGGCGCCUCGAGAGAGCGACGGUUCGGGUUCCCGUCGCUAGGCAGGCGGCGAGAGCCAGAACAGGCGAGCCCGCCCGUGGAGCCGCCAGUGAACCACAACAACCGGUCGUUCAGCAUGAUGUCGCGGGUAAUGCCAGGGCAGGGCCAGAGCCAGGGCCACAGUCACAGUCACAGCCAAACCCACAGCCAAGCGCCGAUGACAGUCGAGAUACCACAGCCACGAAACGAGGCAGAGAUGGCCGGCAUGAACAUUGCGCCAGGAUCACGCCGCGCAGCAUCGACACCGGCCGUUGCGACGCCCACGUCCGGCCGAUCGCGGUCAUCGUCGCAGGUGAGGUGGGAUCCGCAGAUGCCUGUUCCCCCUCCUCCGCCAGGACCGCCCCCGUCGAGCUCGAGGUCGCAGAGCGCGCAGCGGACGUCGUCGGAGCCAAACCCCAUCAUGUCACCGCCCACUCGACGACCCCCGCCGAGCGGGAUCGCGGCGCUGGGGCCUGUGCCCCUAACGCCGGCGAAUUGGAGAGAUGGGGAUAGUAUGCCGGGCCCGGUUGCGCCUGUUCCGGUGUCAACACCAGUUCAAGCGCCAGCACCACCACCACCGUCGACGCCGGCCCCGGUGCGCGCGGUCGAAACUCCCCAACCUCAAAGCCCCGUGGCCAGCCCUGCCCACCCUGAUGUUGGGUCUUCGUCGACAAGCCCAGCUGGGGGACUCACGCGGAGCCCUGCAGUGCGAGGGGACAAGGCACAGACGCUGCUGGAGAGACGCAGCGAGAGCAGGACACGAGGGGGUACCCGCGGCGCGAUCGAUUCCCCGGCCGCAAAGCCCCAGCCGCUGUCCGAUAUCGUGAUCCCGGGCCCGUCGGGGGGCUUACAACGACGACUGACCAUCAACCGUGGGACGCCGAGAACGGGCAAGUCGUCGAACGAUACGCCCAGGACAGCCGAGUCGUACGACAACGGCGAGUCCCGGACACCCCGCGCCGAGGGCUCCUCACAGGCCACGCCAACACUGACGAUGCCGCACAGCGCGGGCAAGCAACCCGAGCGCAGCGUGAUGGCGCCCAAGGCCCUACCGACACCACCGACAGGCAGCCGAUCGUCGUCGUCGCAUCGCGGGCUGAGCACCGACCGGAUGUCGACCGGCAGUAACGGGCUGCACUCCCCGAUGCCGCUGAGCAAGCAGCUAGUUGUCGCGCAGAGCACAGAGCAGUUCGCGCGCGGGACCAUCGACCGGUUCGCAGCGUUUGCCCGGGCCGAGGCGGCGGCGCCGAACGAUGCCGAGCGUGUACGGCUGUUCGCCGAGUUCUUUGUGCACGAAUCGCGCAUGCGACGGGAGCGGUACGGGGCUGCCAUUGGGGCCAUGGGAUCCGAGGUGUUGGACUUGACACGCGACCUGUUCCGGCCCAUGACAGCGGCGCGCCGUGAAUCGAUCACCUCGGCCGGGAGCGGCAGCGGCAUGGCCGAGCUGACACCGGGGUCGUCCGAGCCGCGGUCACAUCGUGGGUCGAUCGGGUCAGCGUUGGGGGGUACCACGCCUACGUCGUCUGGUCAUCAGCAGCAGCAACAACAUCAACACGCGGGGGCGCCACCGUCCCCCUCGGCCAACCAGAAUUGGCAGUCGUCCAACUACAUGCCGUCGCUGUCGCCGAUUCUGAGCAUGAGCGUCAGCGACGCCAUCGACGAGGAGGAUUCCCGCGGACGGCCGGCAAGCCGCUGGUGGGAGGCCGACUCGACGGGGGCUCCGGGGGGGCGCAUCGAGCGGUCGAAGCGGGAAUCCAAGUACAUGGGCGUGCCGAAAGAGGCGAGGGAAGCGCUGCAGUGGAUUGAUGAGCCGCCGCAGUCGUCUCCGAAUCUUCCCGGGUCUAGCAAGCGCACGUCGUACCCGGCCGAAAAGACGGGCUGGCACGACCAGGAACCCGAGAGCACGCCGCAGCCGCUGUCGCAAUCCCAAGGGUUUGGCGGGAGCAGCUCGUUCGCGUCGUCGUCUGCCCCGACGACACCCAACCCGAAUCACUUGGAUGUGUCCCGGCUGGUGACACUGCCCCCGCCGUACCCACGACACCAUCCAGCUGUCAACAACAACCACCCCGAACUGGCGCAGACACGCGGCGAAGUGCGCGUGAUCAGCGACAUGGGCGAGAUCGACAGCCUCAAAGAGCAGUUCAAACAGACCACCGCCAAGAUGCGCUCCGACGCCGCCGACGCCGCCAAACAGCGCGGCCAGGCCCUCCGCCAACACCUCCAACAACAAAUCUCCUCGGGCGCAAUGGGCUACGCCGAAGCAGCCGCCAUGGAAGCCUCGGCCAAAACCGACGAGCACACCGCGCAAAAGGACCUCGAAAAGAAAACCUUCGACACCUUCCAAACCGCCGUCGUCAUGCCCGUCAACGAAAUCCUCCAAUCCCGCAUCACCAACGCCACAGCGCUCUUCCAAUCCCUCCGCAGCCGCCUCUUCGACGAAACCCACGAAUCCAACCCCAACCUCCCCCAAGAAGAAGGCGACGAACAACCGGAACUCUUAGAAAAACUCACCCUCCUCAAAUGGAUCUUUGAAGCCCGCGAAUCCCUCCACCGCUGCCUCUACGACCUCCUCUCUGACCGCAACGACCGCUACCGUGACAUGGUUCUCCUCCCGUACCGUCUCGCUGGUGAUGCCGCGCAGCAGGACAAACUCACCUCCGCCGAGGCCUUCUUCGUGCAGGACGCCGCCAAGCGGGCGCUGGCAUUCGCGGAGGAAUCCCUCCAACGCACGCAAGAGUUCCGGGAUGUAGUCGAGGAAACGGUCGGGCGUGGCGUGGAGGUGCAGUUGAACGCGUUUUGGGAUAUCGCGCCUGAUCUCAAACGCGUGCUGGACAAAAUCCCCACGGGCGAUGUCAGUCUGGAGGAAUUCCAGGUUCAGAUCCCUGCUGCGGAGUACGCGGAAAACCCGUCUUAUCUCGAACACCCUUUGCAAUAUCUGUUUAGUCUGCUCCUGCACGCGGAAAAGAGCACAUACCAGUUCAUCGAAAGCCAGACCAACCUUCUCUGCCUCCUCCACGAAGUCAAGGAAGCCUGCGUCCUGGCCAGAGCUAAGGUAAUGGAAAUGGAGCGAGACCCGAAGGAAGAAGUAGAAAAAAUGAAGGCGGCCGAAGGGAGGCGGUUGACAGAGGAUUUGAAAGAGAGGGUGCGGGUGGUGCAGGAUCAGUGGAGGAGUGCGUUGGGGGAGACGGUAGGACAUGUGAAGGAGCGUGUGGGGGGGUGGUUGUUGGAGACUGGGGGUUGGGAUGAGAGUUUUGAGGAGGGGGGUGUGGGGGGUGUUUAA